AUGAGCAAAUAUAAAGGUUCCAUAUUUACCAUAUUAAUAAGUAGUUCUUUAGGAUGGAACAUGAACAGGCUAUACAGAAAAAAUGAAUUGAAUAUGUACGGAAUAAAAAACAAUCACGAUAUAAUCGUAGUUAGACAAGUAAAUAUUGCCGAUAAACAAUACAACAGUGAUAGUAAUAAUUACAGCGAUAAUAAUUCCGCUGAAAGUAGUAACUCAGACACUUUAAACGAAAAAGAGUUGUUAAAGUUUGUGGAACAUUUUAGCAAUAUUAAUAAAAAAAACAAAGGCUUUUGUGAAACUAGCAUCUUUAAGAAUUCUACAUUUUCUAAUUCAAAUAAUGAACAUAAUAAUGAUGAAAGUUUUAAUACUUACCUAAUUAUAGAUAAAUGGAAAACAAAAAAGGAAUUUGAAAAGUCCCAAAAGGAAUUUCAAACGCUAUUUUCAGAAAAAAAUAAUAUAUAUAGUAAAAAAAUGGAAGAUAUUUAUUUCAAAUUUGAAAUGUACGAUAAUAAUUAUGAAACCAUUUCGUCAAAAAAUAUCUUUCAAAAGCUAUUUUACAUUAUUUUUUGA